AUGGCUCGUCAACUCGUUGUUCUUGCUCUCAUCUUCGUUGCCGUCGUUGGCUCUGUAUCCGCUCAGGAACCUGCCAAGGCUCCUGCAGCAGCAUCCUCCUCCGAGUCACCUAAAGCAUCCCCCAAGAAAGGUGCUUCACCCGCCGCCACACCUAAAGCCUCCGCCGCCGCUCCCGUGGCCUCCUCACCAGAGGCUUCUGCUCCCGCUCCCACAAAAGCACAAAAUGCUUCGGCCCCAGUUGCUUCGACCCCAACUGCUUCCCCUCCCACUGCUGCUUCUGCCCCUUCGGAAGAUGACUCCUCUGCCUCCACUCCUCUUGCCUCAUCUCCAUCAUCUGAUGAGGAUACCUCCGCAUCAUCCCCACCAUCCCCCACCCCAAACACCUCUGCCACUGCUCCUGUUGCUGAUGGUCCCUCUGGUCCCGCUGCCAGCACCGAUGCAUCCGGCCCCUCUGCUUCUGCACCCGGACCCUCUGACGAAGCCGACGACAGCAGCGCAUCAACCUUUGGGUUCUCCGCCAUCACCGGUGUUGCCGCCGUUGCCGGUUACUUCUUCUUCUGA